AAAAAAAAAAAAUUAUAGGUGUCUUUUGUCUUUAAAACCCCAGCAUAUAUGUUCUAAAUCUGCUUUCAAAAAUCUGUGUUCCCACUUCCCACACACACUUUGGACUUCACCAAUCUCCACCGACUUGUAAAAGGGUUAGGGUUUCUGCACCAAAAACAAAGAUAAGGCCAAAAGAUGCAGCAGCAGCCGCAGCAAAUGAUGACCGGGAUGCCUUCAUUUCCACCCACUAACAUCACCACCGAGCAAAUUCAGAAGUGCCUUGAUGAGAACAAAAAGUUGAUUCUAGCAAUAUUGGACAAUCAAAACCUUGGAAAACUUGCUGAGUGUGCCCAGUACCAAACUCAGCUUCAAAAGAAUCUUAUGUAUUUAGCAGCAAUUGCUGAUGCUCAACCACAACCACAAGCACCAACAAUGCCAGCCCAGCAGAUGGCCCCGCAUCCUGCGAUGCAACAAGCAGGAUAUUACAUGCAGCAUCCUCAGGCUGCAGCGGCAAUGGCUCAGCAACAGGGUCUUUUCCCUCAAAAGAUGCAAAUGCAGUUCAAUAGCCCACAUCAAAUGCACGAAUCACAGCAGCAGUUACACCAACAAGCCAUGCAAGGCCAGAUGGGAAUGAGACCAGGAGGGGCCAAUGGUAUGCCUUCAAUGCAUCAUACUGACAGCACCCAUGGAGGAAGCAAGCAAGACAACUCAGAGGCUGGGACAGGUGGCGAUGGCCAGGGGAGCUCGGCUGGUGGGCACGGCAGUGGUGACGGAGAAGAUAAGUGAUGUGGCCUUAAGGAUGAUUCCGCAUGGAUACAUGUGCCUGUUGAUAGUAGGUGUUUUCUUUCCUAAAGUAGCUGCUGACAUGCUCAGUGAUCUUUGAUAGAUUUGAGCAAAGAAGCACAAGUUCUCUGGUCUUUUAGUCUUUUAAACGCCUUAGGUAGGUGAGUUGUGUUGUAAGUUGUUCUGAAUGCAAUGGAUCCUGGAAUCAGAUGAAACAAGCAGUGACAGACAACAGAUUAGUCCCAAGAGUGUUAGAGAUGGGAAGCAUGCGGUGUUCUGUACUUCAUGUCUGUCAAUUUGUGGCUUACAAUAUGGCAAUAAGCAUGCAGCAUGCUCCGUGAAUUCUGAUCCUGCUACAAGUUUUGCUGGUAGUUUGUUAUGUUUUUGGUUUUGGUUUGUAUGCGUAUGAGCUUUCAACUCUUCUUAGCAAAUGACUGGAGGCCAAAAUGAUCAAUCAGUUCUUAUUAUCA